AUGAAUCGCAAGUACUCCGUCGAUGUAAGGAUUUUAUCUUCAUUUAAAUGAUAAGAUUAAUCGGGCCCUAGGAAGGUUUUUCACCUAUUUCAGGGUAUUUUAUUAACAUACACGUAUCACUGUAGUACAUAUGUAAAACAAUAAGUUAGAAGCCUCGGUUGCUUUUAUUAACCUACUAAUUUCACUUCCAAAUCCAUAAGAUUGGUCUUGAUAAGAGAACAGCUGAGCCGUUACGGACACUUUGCUGUAAUCAUCACGUCACUUCAGUUGUCUCUUUGCUUUUGCAUCAAAGCGAUUUUUUUUUAGGUAGGUUUUUCAUCAACAAACGCCCAUUCACAACACGGAAACGUUAUCAGUUUAUUUAUAUCAUAUAAUAAUCAAAAUUUUUGAGAACGCAUAAUUGCAAUUUAGGGCUAUUUAUGGCUGUGGAAUUUCAUGAGAUAUUGAACCAUCUUUGCGACCGAGAAAGUACGCGAAAUGCGGAGAGCGGCAGUAUAGAGAAAAACAAUUUUCGACCGUAUAUUUGAAAGUAAUUUCUUCCGACCAAGACUGGCAAGGACAUGGCCAAAAAGCGGGUUCAGCUCUGACCGCUCUCCGCGUUUUUUCAGCUCCAUCGGCCGUAAAGAUUGCUGGAUAUCUCGGAUGCACCUGAAAAGCCCGAGCUAAGUCUUUAAAACGCAUUUUAUUACAAAUCGUAGUUUGGCCCGGACAUUGUUAAAAUCAGUGUCUCAGAAUUGAACGAAAAUUGGUCAACUUAACCACUGAUAGGCACAAAACAUUCGCUUUCUUUGUUUUUGCCCAAAAUUACCGUAUGACGGCAUACUGUAACAUCAUUUUUAAAAAAAGAUAUGCCCUAAUCGAGAAAACGAAGCGCUAUUUCAGCGCAAAUUGAGUUCAGGUAUAUGUUUUCGACCAUGUACAACAUUUUUGUAAUUGUCACCGAAAACUAAAAAUUACAUCUAAGCUAUGUUACACUUGAGACAACAUACCAUUUCGGGUAUAAAAAAUGCAGUUCGGACGAGGCGCAGAUUUUGAAACCGGAAUACUAAAGUUCAAGCCUCGUCUAACAAACCAUAAAAAUUUCAGAAAGAUCAAAUAUAUAGUUUUUGAGAUAUCGGACAUUCAAUGUCUCAUGUGCAAGAUCACCUUGACCCGGAAAAAAUCUGGCAUUCUUAGGUUUUUGGCCAGGCGCAGAUUUUGAAAGUUUCCAAUACUUUUUUAUGAGAUUUUAGGAUGAUACAGGAAGUUACAGAGGAAAAAAAUGAAUAGUUUUUGAGAAAUCGACCAAAAUACCUUGUUUUAGGUCAUCAGAUGCCCGAAAAAAUCUGGCAUUCUUAGGUUUUUGGCUAGGCGCAGAUUUUGAAAGUUUCCAAUACAUUUUUAUGACAUUUUAGGAGGAUAUAGAAAGUUUCAGAGGAAAAAAAUGAAUAGUUUUUGAGAAAUCGACCAAAAUACCUUGUUUUAGGUCAUCAGAUGCCCGAAAAAAUCUGGCAUUCUUAGGUUUUUGGCUAGGCGCAGAUUUUGAAAGUUUCCAAUACUUUUUUAUGAGAUUUUAGGAUGAUACAGGGAGUUACAGAGGAAAAAAAUGAAUAGUUUUUGAGAAAUCGACCAAAAUACCUUGUUUUAGGUCAUCAGAUGCCCGAAAAAAUCUGGCAUUCUUAGGUUUUUGGCUAGGCGCAGAUUUUGAAAGUUUCCAAUACAUUUUUAUGACAUUUUAGGAAGAUAUAGAAAGUUUCAGAGGAAAAAAAUGAAUAGUUUUUGAGAAAUCGACCAAAAUACCUUGUUUUAGAUCAUCAGAUGCCCGAAAAAAUCUGGCAUUCUUAGGUUUUUGGCUAGGCGCAGAUUUUGAAAGUUUCCAAUACUUUUUUAUGAGAUUUUAGGAUGAUACAGGAAGUUACAGAGGAAAAAAAUGAAUAGUUUUUGAGAAAUCGACCAAAAUACCUUGUUUUAGGUCAUCAGAUGCCCGAAAAAAUCUGGCAUUCUUAGGUUUUUGGCUAGGCGCAGAUUUUGAAACUUUCCAAUACUUUUUUAUGACAUCUUAGGAGGAUAUAGAAUGUUUCAGAGGAAAAAAAUGAAUAGUUUUUGAGAAAUCGACCAAAAUACCUUGUUUUAGGUCAUCAGAACACAGAAUCGUAGCCAUCGGCGUACAUUUGACAAAAGUUUUGCAGAGAGCUCGAAUUUAUUUGUGACAAUUUGGAAAAAAAACUGUAACACACACAUAUAUCUCGGAAAAAAAAGAGAUGCCUUGGUCGAAUUUUCCAGCAACUUGACCUAUAACAGGUUCACCAUGGUCGAUAUCUCAAAAACUAUUCAUUUUUUCCUCUGAAACUUCCUGUAUCAUCCUAAAAUGUCAUAAAAAUGUAUUGGAAACAAAUCUGCGCCUAGCCAAAAACCUAAGAAUGCUAGAUUUUUUCGGGCAUCUGAUCACCUAAAACAAGGUAUCUUGGUCGAUUUCUCAAAAACUAUUCUCUUUUUUCCUCUGAAACUUCCUGUAUCAUCCUAUAAAGUCAAAAGAAUGUAUUGGAAACUUUUAAAAUCUGUGCCUAGUCAAAACCUAACAAUACCAGAUUUUUUCGGGCAUCUGAUGACCUAAAGCAAGGUAUUUUGCUCCAUUUCUCAAAGACCAUUCACUUUUUUCCUCUGCAACUUCCUGUAUCAUCCUAAGAUGUUAAAAGAAUGUAUUGGAAAGCUUUCAAAAUCUGCGCCUAGCCAAAAACCUAAGAAUGCCAGAUUUUUUCGGGCAUCUGAUGACCUAAAGCAAGGUAUUUUGGUCGAUUUCUCAAAAACUAUUCACUUUUUUCCUCUGAAACUUCCUGUAUCAUCCUAAAAUGUCAAAAGAAUGUAUUGGAAACAAAUCUGCGACUAGCUAAAACCCUAAGAAUGCCAGAUUUUUUCGGUCACCGGAUGACGUAAAACAAGGUAUUUUGGUCGAUUUCUCAAAAACUAUUCAACUUUUUCCUCUGCAACUUCUUGUAUCAUCCUAAAAUGUCAUAAAGAAUGUAUUGGAAACUUUUAAAAUCUGUGACUAGCCAAAAACCUAAGAAUGCUAGAUUUUUUCGGGCAUCUGAUGACCUAAAACAAGGUAUUUUGGUCAAUUUCUCAAAAACUAUUCACUUUUUUCCUCUGAAACUUCCUGUAUCAUCCUAAAAUGUCAUAAAAAUGUAUUGGAAAGUUUCAAAAUCUGCGCCUAGCCAAAAACCUAAGAAUGCCAGAUUUUUUCGGGCAUCUGAUGACCUAAAGCAAGGUAUUUUGCUCCAUUUCUCAAAAAGCAUUCACUUUAUUCCUCUGAAACUUCCUGUAUCAUCCUAUAAAGUCAAAAGAAUGUAUUGGAAACUUUUAAAAUCUGUGCCUAGCCAAAAACCUAAGAAUGCUAGAUUUUUUCGGGCAUCUGAUCACCUAAAACAAGGUAUCUUGGUCGAUUUCUCAAAAACUAUUCAACUUUUUCCUCUGCAACUUCUUGUAUCAUCCUAAAAUGUCAAAAGAAUGUAUUGGAAACUUUUAAAAUCUGUGUCUAGCCAAACCCUAACAAUACCAGAUUUUUUCGGGCAUCUGAUGACCUAAAACAAGGUAUUUUGGUGAAUUUCUCAAAAACCAUUCACUUUUUUCCUCUGAAACUUCCUGUAUCAUCCUAAAAUGUCAUAAAAAUGUAUUGGAAACAAAUCUGCGCCUAGCCAAAAACCUAAGAAUGCCAGAUUUUUUCGGGCAUCUGAUGACCUAAAACAAGGUAUUUUGGUCGAUUUCUCAAAAACUAUUCACUUUUUUCCUCUGAAACUUCCUGUAUCAUCCUAAAAUGUCAUAAAAAUGUAUUGGAAACUUUCAAAAUCUGCGCCUAGCCAAAAACCUAAGAAUGCCAGAUUUUUUCGGGCAUCUGAUGACCUAAAACAAGGUAUUUUGGUCGAUUUCUCAAAAACUAUUCAUCUUUUUUCCUCUGAAACUUCCUGUAUCAUCCUAUAAAUGUCAUAAAGAAUGUAUUGGAAACUUUCAAAAUCUGCGCCUAGCCAAAAACCUAAGAAUGCCAGAUUUUUUCGGGCAUCUGAUGACCUAAAACAAGGUAUUUUGGUCGAUUUCUCAAAAACUAUUCAUCUUUUUUCCUCUGAAACUUCCUGUAUCAUCCUAUAAAUGUCAAAAGAAUGUAUUGGAAACUUUCAAAAUCUGCGCCUAGCUAAAACCCUAAGAAUGCCAGAUUUUUUCGGGCAUCUGAUGACCUAAAACAAGGUAUUUUGGUCGAUUUCUCAAAAACUAUUCACUUUUUUCCUCUGAAACUUCCUGUAUCAUCCUAAAAUGUCAUAAAAAUGUAUUGGAAACUUUCAAAAUCUGCGCCUAGCCAAAAACCUAAGAAUGCCAGAUUUUUUCGGGCAUCUGAUGACCUAAAACAAGGUAUUUUGGUCGAUUUCUCAAAAACUAUUCAUCUUUUUUCCUCUGAAACUUUCUGUAUCAUUCCUAAAAUGUCAUAAAGAAUGUAUUGGAAACUUUCAAAAUCUGUGCCUAGCCAAAAACCUAAGAAUGCCAGAUUUUUUCGGGCAUCUGAUGACCUAAAACAAGGUAUUUUGGUCGAUUUCUCAAAAACUAUUCACUUUUUUCCUCUGAAACUUCCUAUAUCAUCCUAAAAUGUCAUAAAAAUGUAUUGGAAACUUUCAAAAUCUGCGCCUAGCCAAAAACCUAAGAAUGCCAGAUUUUUUCGGGCAUCUGAUGACCUAAAACAAGGUAUUUUGGUCGAUUUCUCAAAAACUAUUCAUUUUUUUCCUCUGAAACUUCCUGUAUCAUCCUAUAAAUGUCAUAAAGAAUGUAUUGGAAACUUUCAAAAUCUGUGCCUAGCCAAAAACCUAAGAAUGCCAGAUUUUUUCCGGGUCAAGGUGAUCUUGCACAUGAGACAUUGAAUGUCCGAUAUCUCAAAAACUAUAUAUUUGAUCUUUCUGAAAUUUUUAUGGUUUGUUAGACGAGGCUUGAACUUUAGUAUUCCGGUUUCAAAAUCUGCGCCUCGUCCGAACUGCAUUUUUUAUACCCGAAAUGGUAUGUUGUCUCAAGUGUAACAUAGCUUAGAUGUAAUUUUUAGUUUUCGGUGACAAUUACAAAAAUGUUGUACAUGGUCGAAAACAUAUACCUGAACUCAAUUUGCGCUGAAAUAGCGCUUCGUUUUCUCGAUUAGGGCAUAUCUUUUUUAAAAAUGAUGUUACAGUAUGCCGUCAUACGGUAAUUUUGGGCAAAAACAAAGAAAGCAAAUGUUUUGUGCCUAUCAGUGAUUAAGUUGACCAAUUUUCGUUCAAUUCUGAGAUGCCGAUUUUAACAAUGUCCGCCCUCUGUUAGGCUAACAUAAGCUCCAAAGUGCGGCAAAACGCGUUUUAAGGGAUUGGUACUGGUCCUUCCGGACUGAUUUUUUCACUAUGACAAAAUAGUCAGCGACACUCGGAAAAAGCCUAUUGCAUGGCAGGAAAUCGCACAAUACAAAAAAAAACCUUUGUUUUCUCAAAGUGCAGACGCCAAAAAUCAGUCCGGCGACUUUCCGGAAGGACUAGGAUGUGGCUUCUGUCCAAAGCGCGUGCAAAUUUUAAAAAGAAUCCGGGUGUCGAAGUUGAACUUCUAAUUAGAUGUAAAAUAAACUGUAAAUACAUAAAAAAGUAGAAUAAAAAAUAUCAAUACGUUAAAGAUUAUCUAUGUCGAUAAGAAUCGGGGAUUUUUUUUACCAUCUCGUCAUAGUUCCUCUUCUCCUUGAAGUCUAAACUUUUGCUCACAAUAAUUUCUUCAACUCUGUGUAGGAGAGUCAAUCUUUGCUCCGGAAAACAUACUAUAUUAUACAUAUUAAUCCCAUACAUACUAUCAUUGCAUUUUCAAAAAAAGGCUUAUGAAAAAACACAAGGGAAUUCUCACAAAUUUAUCACUGUUUACACUGAUAAUUCCUCUCUCUCUCUCUUCUUUUACCAAUAACCGUGCAGAAGUCAACGCAAUUUUCGCCUUAAUAAAUGUUGCUUAUGUUUCAGGAAGUCCACAUCCGUCAAGCGCGCUAGUUGUUUUAUUGCCGUAAUAACCCGUAAACCCACAAAAAAAACAUUUGAAUGCCCUUUUCUGUUUGCUUUCUUCGAAUCCCGUAUCAAUUUCGGCCUCUAUUUUUAAAAUAAUAAUUUUGGGUUUUAUGAGACUCAAUUUUUUCCACUUUUUUUCAAUUCGCGCCUUAUCAGAGCGCAAUUUCAACUUUGUGAAUACUAUUAGUAGUUACGUAAAGUGCAUGGACAAUUCUUCUCUUCUGUGUAUUCGGAACUCCCACGUUUCUCGCCACCGCACGGUGAAUUUUUUCUUUUCGCACAGUGCACAUCUCAAAAAAAAAAAAAAAAAAACCGAUUGCACUGUGCAAAUUACAUAUAAUGUCGCAGCGAUAUUUGGAUGCACGGUGCGAAAACCAAAAAGAAAGUGAAAUGCACAGUGCAAAAUUGGAGUUUUUCGAGCACGGUGCGGGACGCGACAAAAUGUCCAUGCACUUUAUUAAAAUACUAAUACCGGUCUGUCGGGAGAAUAAUGUGGAUUUGUCGCGUCUUGGCAUCGCUCAUCAUCGUUUUGCGACGGCUAGUUGCGAAUGGGGAUUUGCUCCGCGACAAAUCCACAUUAUUUUCCCGACAGACUGAUACUGUUGCAGUAGGCAUUGUGGAAAACUGAAAGGAUAUUUUCUUGUUCUUUUUUGGCUAGUUGAAGGUGUUGAGACCAGAAAUAUCAGUCUGUCGGGGAAAUAAUGAGCAUCGCGUCGCUGUCCCAAUCUCCUCGCAGAGGUCAAAAAGUGUAAGCAAAUUUCAUUUUGCCGCUACACAAUUCAUUUUCUCGGCGGCGAUGCGAUUUUCGAUGCGACAGAGCGCUCAUUAUUUUCCCGACAGACUGGAAUUUCGGGCCCGGCCGGGCCAAAAUCCGUGCACUGUCUAGGCCAAAGGAAAUUCAAAACGAGCCGGACCGGAGGCUCGCUCCGAACCUUUUUGAAACCCAUUUUUGCUGUCAGUCAAUUUACUCUGCCUUCUAGCCUACAAACCCUGCAACAUUUCAUUCCCCUUUUUCGAAUGCACCGAAACUCCAUUUCCAAUGCAUUAUUCCGCGGGUUUUGUUUUCAAUCUGUCAGUAGGCAACAAUUAUAACGCCACAGCGUCGUUUUCGCUUUGCAGGAGCAAAGGCUAAAAUAUGGCCAAGAGGUGGUUUUAUUGGGGCACUUUCAUUUUUGUUUCAAAAAACGGUUUGCGCUUUUUUCGGGCUCCCGAAAAAGCGCUCACCGAAUCGCGAAGGUAAAUCAUAAAAAUCGAGCGCUCCCCUUCGGGGCGUAUGAGUAAUUCGCGCGACGCUGAAAAAAAGCGACGGGGAAAAAGGAAGCUGAAAAAGAGAGUUUUCUCGUCCGAUUUCUCCCGUUUCCAUCAAUUUUUGCUCGUUUUAAGCCGAUAAAACCCUGUUCUUCGUUGUGUUCAGGGCCAUUUUGACUGUCGGUUAUUAGGAAAAUUUAUGUGAAAUCUGAUAUCCAUAUUUUUCAAACGAUUUUUUAGAGGAAAUUACGGGUUUCUGAAGUGUUUUUGAUCUAUUUUUUUCAUAUUUUUUUGACAAAAGAGUUGCAUCAAAUGCGAUACUCAGAUGUUGCUGAAACUUGGCACAAAUAUAAACUACUAUUUUCUAAUGCAUACUAGACCGUUUUGAAAGUUGCUAGGGUGAUUUUGGCGACAUGCACUGUGAGAAACAAAGCUCACUUUGCACUGUGCAAUUUCUUGCUUUUUGCACCACCAAGCAAUAGGCUUUUUUGAGCUCUCGCUCGCACCCUGAAUUUCUUUGCGCAGUAGUUGUCAAUUUUUUUUAAAAAAUCACUGCAGCCACUGUAUGAAUAUAAAAUUCCAAGCCUGCACCUUGUAAAAAAGUACAAUAUUUUUAGAGUGAAAGUUCGGAAAAACGGAAGAAUUUUUUUGCGAAUUUUAGCAUUAGAAGUUGCAUAUUCAUUAUACAGCACCGUCGAGGGUAAUUUUGCCACGAAAAGAUCAAGUUUUUUCCUCACAAAACUGGCAAAUACAUAUAUGGCCAAAAAAGUGUUUUCCCCUGAUCGCUCUCCGCAUUUCGCCUACAAAUUUUAACAUUUUUUCUUGCCUAUUUCUAUCGUAGAGGAUAAUUUUCCCAUAAAAAAUCGGUUUUCUCCGCACGAAAACGGCAUAGAUAUGGGCUAAAAGCUGUUUUUUAUUUUCUCUAGCGACUCUUCUCAUUUUCGACUAUUCUCUCGGCCGCGAAGACCGCUGAAUAUCUCGGCUGCACGUGUAAAGCGCGAGCUACAGCCUUCAGCAAAUGAUAUGCGGUAUAUUCCCGACAUGUGUGCGAAGUUGAGAAAAAUCCGAGAGUCGCACUUGUAGCCAUCUUCUUCCAAAGUUCCCUCCAAUUUCGUUCCAUUUGCCGUCUUUUUUUUGAGCCUCAUUUCUGUAUUUUUCGAGGGUAUUAGAUUCGAAAAGGUGUUUCGAUAACAUAACGUGUUAUUGCUCGGAAAGGUUUGUGGGUUUUAUGAGGGCAAAGGGUUAGACUUUUUUUUGCUGGGAAUCAAAAAGUUUCUCGUUCGGGAAUUGUUGUUGAUAUGCGAUUUCUCUCGCUUUUCCGAUUGUCUUUGUAUUCUGUUCGUCGUUUUUUGGUAGUUUGAGGCUAGACGCGGCUCUAGCCUCAUACUAGCACAAAAUUUGGGCCGUCUGGACUGACCAUUUUUUGGCCCGUGGGGCGGGCGGAGUAGCACAGCUGCGAAAAGAUAUAAAUUACAUUAUAGCUUUAAGAAUUCAGUCUGUCGGGAAAAUAGUGUUGGAUCGUCGCAGCAAAAUGCCACGUCAAAAAAAGGCGUAGUCGCGCAUCGAAUUUCCAGCUGCGGCCAGCCGUCGCAAAGCGUUGAUGGGCCAUUCCAAGGCGCGAAAAAUUCACUUCAUUUUCCUAACAGCCUGAUAGAAAAGAAUGUUAAAUUAACCGUUAAAAGUCUUGAGGACUAUUUUUGCGACACUGUUAGAAAAAAUGAAGGACUUUUUUUAUAAAAGUACUGUACGGUAGCCAAAAUAAAGCAGGGUUAAAUUCUCUGCCAUUUUUUUUGUUUUCAGUUUUUUUUGGAGCUGUUAGCUGCAUAGUUAGUUACAAUGUUUGUUAUACAUAAAUAUUAGGAUAUGUAUAGGAUACACUGGUAGACAGAAGCCGGGAAAUUUGAAACGGGCCGGGCCAACCUUUCCUUGCCGCGGCCAGCCGUCGCAAAGCAACGAUGGGCGAUUUCAAGGCGCGGCAAAUCCACAUUAUUUUCCCGACUGACGGAUACUAGUCACGCCAUAAAUUCCAUAGAAUUUUUCAUCCCUUUUUUCCUACGCGCCGCUGCGACUUCCCGUUUUUGCACUAGCAACAUGCACUUUUCUGCAAGCUCACCCCGCAACGUCGCCGAAAAAAAUCAACGGUCUUUGUGGCGCGACCAAUACUACUUUAAUUUUCCUUUCUAAUUACCUUGCCCUUUUAAUUUUUUUGUAACCCAAGAAGCUCUUGGUUUUUGCCCUUUUACCCUCUUUGUUUGCUGGUCGUAAAACCCAAAUUGUAACAAAUGUUGGCACAACGAAAAUAAGAAUUUUUUUAUUUAGCCUUUUGAUGCCUCUGGGCUGUCUCCUGGCCUUUAUAAGCCUAAUUUGGAAAUUAAUUUUUUUGCUGCAUUUUUUUUUUCAAAAGUUUUCGGGUUUCGGGUUGUGGGUGGCGACCACUAGGCUACAUUCUAGCUCAUGAAAGUUUAAUUUUAAGCGGAAAACAGCUCAAAUUCCGGGAAAAGCGGGUCGAAACGUGGGUAACUUUUUGAACGAACGGGUGGGAUGUGUGUAGGAGGGGAUAGUAAAUGUCGUAUUGUCGUAUGAUCUGAGAGGGGGCUUGGUAUAAAAACAAGGGGAAGUUGGGGAAGUUUGGAUUUGGAAUUUUGGGCUAUUGGCUAAUUGUAGGAGAAAAAUUUAUGUAUACGAAUAAAUGGGUGAGUUAGUAUCUUUUGAAGAUUGGAUAAGUUGGUAUCUUUUGAAGGACUAUACUGAGGGACUUCAAAAGGUUCAGUUAUGAAGAGGAUUUGUUUGUACUGGAUUUGACGCUACGACUUUUUGUUCAACGACAACUCAGGUCGAAAAUAUUUUUGGGUAGAUUGAUCAGGUCCUAGCAUAGCUUAUCACCUUUUUUGAGGCAUUUUGCAUGUACUACUGCAAUAAUAAUGCACAGAUAAAGCUUGGAUCUUUGUGUUUUUGGAGCAAGUCUUAGUCCUCACUGUGCUAAAACAACUCGGGAUCAAAAAAACUAGGAUUAGCAAUAGAUAAAAUUAGUGAAAGUGGUGUUACUGUAAGCCUCCGCAAAACCUACGCCUGGCCUUUGGCAAACAUCCGCCUAGCAUUCAACGGUUUUCACAGGUCUCGUAGGCACCUUCUACUACCUCUUUUUUUGGGUACCCGUCGGUCCUGGGAAUUGUAUCGAUCGAUUUUAUGUUGACCCGGGCUGUCGUUCACCGCUGCAGUUUGGUGUAAAGCGUUUUAACAUUAUUUGCUAUAUCUUUUUAUUUUAACCAAAAAAAAAUGAGAUUUUCAAAAAAUCCGUCUUUCAGGAACCAGGUCCCAAUGCGCAGAAGCGUCGUGGGUUGUUUGCAACGUCGCAAAAGGUAAACGGCCACAUCUUCUACCAGCAGCACCCCACCCAGCACACCUACCACUCCGGCGCCUCCGUGCACGCGAGUUCGGCGGGCCAGCCGCUGAGCAGUCUGUUCAUGAGUGGGCACACGUUCUCCGGCUCCUCCAAGGACAGCGGCCUCAGCACCUCGUCCUCGGCGUCCUCGUCGUUGCGAGCCGCGCAACGGGUGCAUCAUGUGCGGAACAAUCGGAAUUGGCGCUCGGCGACGGGCAGCUAUGGAAGCGGGAGGUUUUGGUCGCUGAGAGCGAGUGAAUUCGACAUGGAGAAGGUGGUGAAUUCGAUGGAAAAAGGGCAUAGAGUAGGUUUGUGGAGGGUGUUGGGGCUAUCAGGCUGUCGGGAAAAUAAUGCGCACGAGUGAAAAGCAAUUUUAUUAUGUCGAGACACACAAUUCAUUUUCUUUACGGCAAAGCGAUUUUCGAUGCGACAGAGUGCUCAUUAUUUUCCCGACAGGCUGAUAGUCCAUUUGGAAUGUUGUUGAAGUGAUUUCGGCAACAUACACUGUGCAAAAAAGUCAGGUAGAAGCGACAAUCCAAAACCCCUAUUGCACAGUGCAAAAACGAACAAAUUGCACGGUGCAAGGUGAACUUUUGUUUUUUCACAGUGCAUGCCGCAAAAAUCAUUCUAGCGACUUUACGAACCGACAAGUUGAAAUCCUCUUCAAUUUUACCACUAUCGGUAACCCAAAUGAAAGCAAAAAAGCUCCUAAAAUGCGGUGUCAUAAGACUUUUUUGAUUUGGCAGACUCUCCUCAUUUUACGUGCUCUCUCGCAUAAAAGGGAUUGUCGGACAUCUCGGCCAUGCUUAUGCAAAAACAACUAAAAUUUUAAGAGUGCCACUGCAUAAAAUUUGAAAAAAGUCGACCAGUCAAUUACCCAAAAAAACCUCAUUUUUUAUCCAUCAUCUUGGCCUCCUCUUUUCAGGUCUGCAAACUUCUUCUCCUCAAAAAAUGGGAUCCAUCGUACAAAAAGCUAUGGUUCAACCGCGAGACCCGUCAAAUCAUACUCACAAAAUACGAUGACAAAGCUCCAAACAAGACUUGCUGCAUGUCCAAGCCACAAAUGCUCGAUAUAAUGCUGAUCAAAGAUGUGCAGACGCUCGACUUCAAGAUUCACAAAAUGAAAAUUCACGACAAAUGGAGGAAAGACCGGGAGUUGCAGCGAUUCCAGUCCGACUGGAUUCUGAUUGUGAGCUAUGGCCAUGGGUUUGUGCUGAAUCAUUGGAUUUUACUUUGUAAGUGAAAAACCUACGCAUUUUUGAAAGAGCGUAGUAUCAGUUUGUCGGGAAAAUAAUGAGCGUUCUGUCGCAGCGAAAAUCGGCGCUGCGAUUUUUCGGGUCAGCGACAGUUUGGGUCAACGAUACUAUGGAUAGUGUCAGUUCGUCGUUGCAUGCAUGGAGAGGCUAGGAGAAGGCUUAUUUAGUAGAAAUAAGAAGAUUGAUCGGGUUCUAGAAUGGCUUAUAACUUACAUCGAAGUAUUUUACAUGUACUCACAUCAAUAAUACUAGAUAAAAGUCACUGAUCAUCGUUUAUUGCCGCAAAUUUUGCUCUUUUAUAUCUCACAAUAUCUCAAGGUAAAGAAAACUAACGUUAUUGGUAGCUAAAAUUAGAAAAAGUGGGCACAUUGCAAGUCUCCGCGGGGCCUUCGCCGAGCGUCCGCCGGCCAUCCAACGGCUUUGCCAGGCCUCGUAGGCACAAACUUUUUUGACGCUCCGUCUGUCCUACGCCCCGUAUCGAACGAUUUUGAGUUGACCCGAACUGUCGUUGACCCGAAAAAGAUGAUUAGUAAUAAAUAAAAAACCAUUCCCUUGUUUCACCUUUCACCUCGUCCCUUUCCAGUCGACAGUGCCGAAGCGUGCAAGCACUGGUGCCAAGGACUGCAACACCUUCGAAUGGAAUGGAUGGAGGCCUCUCAUUUCCUAAUUAUGGAGCGUUGGCUUCGCAAACAGUUUUACAGUAUUGUGAAUAUGGAUACAAAUACGUAAGCGGAGAGUUCAACCCGGAACCAAGGUUGUUCCUUGCAGAACAAAUCAAGAUUAAAAAGUGGGAGGCAUGUGAUCGCAUAGUUUAAAAGGCCCCUAAGGGCUUUUCGAAGACUGUUUUUGGACUCAAAUUAGUUGAUCUCUGAAGGAAUAGGGUACUGACAGUCUGUUGGGGGAAAUAACGAGCACUCUGUCGCAUGGAAAAUCGUAUUGAAUGGUGUUGAAUGAAAAUGAAUGAUGUCGAGGCGAACUCAAAUUUUUUCUCACUUCAGCAACGCGAUUGGCGGAGCGACAUUGUGCUCGUUAUUUUCCCGACACACUGAUGGUUGAGAAAAUAAUUAUUUAAAGUUUUUGGCGUGUCUGCAUCGUGGAAAUACCUUCUCGCUUCAUAUCGCAUUGUCACAAACGACGUCAAGGCGAAAUGAACUGUGCGCGGCAACCACGCACAGUGCAAAGUUGUCUUUCUAAAAAAAAGCAGUCUGUGUCACGCAGUGAACUUCCCCAUAACGAUACCCGCCUGCUAGUCCGUAUGAAAAGUCGCUGGGAUGAUUUAGACGACAUGCCCCGUACACAAAAAAGCAGGAUGCAAGCGACAUCCCAAAAAAGCCUGUUUCACCGUGCAAAAAGUUAGAAAUUGCACAGUGCAAAGUUAACUUUUGUUUUCGCACAGUGCAUGUCGCCAAAAUCAGCCCGGCGACUUUCCGGACGGACUGUUUACAUCAGUCUUUGUUAUUUUAUAUUUGCACCGUGCAGAUUUUUUAGUUAGUGGCUGCACGGUGCAAAAUCCAUUUAAAGAUUUUUUGGCGAUAUUUUUGAACUUUUUACGACCCUAAAACCGAGAUAUUUUUUAUUAAUAUUACUUUUGUCAGAUGGUAAAGGGUUAUAUCUUUGAACUGAAAAAAUAUUUGAUUGGGUCGAAAUCUGACUUGUGACUUCCUCGUUGUCAUUAAAAAGACCGUAAUUUGGUUUUGUUUUUUUUCAGAAUUACAAUUCGACAUAUGAAACCUUUUGUGCAAACGACUUUACAAUGUAAAGUGCAAUCAAAACAACUUCAGGAGAUUACAGAGGUAUUUAUUUAUUAAAAAUUUUUUUUUAUGUUCUAAUUUUAUUUUUUUCUAUUUAAAUUUUUUUUCAGGGAGAAAUGGGCUUUGAAGCCUUCGUCCUCGCCCAUAAUCGCCUGCAGAAUUUGAAUUUCAUUUUUCAAAAAUACUUUCAAUUUUUAUCCGAUGAAAAUCAAAGAGUUACUGUUGAUAACUUCUUCAAUUUUGUUCAGGAAUACCAACAUGUAAGUUUUUUUUCUAAUAAAAAAAUUCCAGAAUUUUUUGAUAAAAAUGUGAAUAAAAAACUUUAUGUAAAAAAUCAAAAAAAAUCACGGAAUUUAACAGUAAAUUAAUUUUUUUAUGUUUUGAAGCCAAAAAAAACUGCAAAAUUUUCAAUUUUUAUUUGUCAAAAAAGUUUUUUAUUUUUUAUUUUUAAUCAAAAAAAUCCCAAAAAACCGCGAUAAGAAACGGGAAACCCCAUAAAAAACAAUUUUUAAAAUUUUUCGUCAGAAAAUGCCGUUUUCAAAAAUCAAGAAAAAAUCAUAAAGAUUUUUUUAGGUAAAUAAAUGAUUUUUAUGUUUUCAGUUCAAAAAAUUACAAAAAUUUCAAUAUUUUCAUAAAAAAAAUAGUAUUUUUAUUAUUUUGUAUCAAAAAAUCAAAAAUUUUUUUUAAUUUCAAGGCUCAAAAAAAUCCUAAAAACCAAUUUUUAACUUUUCCCCCAAAAACCCCAAUUUUCAGGACGAAAUCGGCUUUUCCAAAGACACCGCAGUCGAUUUUCUCCGCUCAUAUCUGCGAGAAGUGGAUCUUUGCCGCGAUAUUCCGGAGCCUUUCUUGACCACCGAAGAAUUUGUUGAUUUUUUGUUUUCGCGGGAAAAUACAAUUUUUGACCCGAUUAAUCAUAACGUUGUGCAUGACAUGACCCAGCCCCUGACCAACUAUUGGAUCGCUUCUUCACAUAAUACGUGAGUUUUUUUGGGGGAAAUUAAUGUUAGUGUCAAUUUGUCGGGAAAAUAAUGAGCACAAUUUCGCUGCGGCGAUCGUAUUGCUGAAAUGAAAAGAAAUUUGAUUUUUCCGCGGUACAAAUCAUCAUUUUUCUCGGCGGCGAUGCGAUUUUUGAUGCGACAGAGUGCUUGUUAGCAUUUUCCCGACGGACUGAUGAUGAUAAUGCAAUGAUCGGCGAUUUUAAAGCGCAAAAAAUCCACAUUAUUUUCCCGACACCCUUUUUCAGAGAGACUAAUUUUUCACACACCCUUUUUUGAACCUUUUUCCUCUGAAUUAGAAAUGGCUCUGGCGCCGAGCCGGGCCGAAAAUCGCAGCCCGGCCCCCAAGAAUUCGGCUCGGCCUUGGCCCCUUUUCAAAUUCUCUCGGUCCGAAUCUAUCUUGCAAAAAAAUUACCAGUCUGUCGGGAAAAUAAUGAGCACAAUUUCGCUGCGCCGAUCGGGUCUCUGAAGUCAAAAAAAAACUAGAUUUUUUUGCGGCACAAAUCGUUUUUUCUUGGCUGCGAUGCGACUUUCGCGGCGACAGAGUGCUCAUUAUUUUUCAGACAGACUGAUAUAAAAUAAAAACAUCUUUUCUUUUAGAUACUUAACCGGUGAUCAACUCAAAUCCGAGAGCUCCCUCGACGCCUACGCUCAUGCCUUGCUCAUGGGCUGUCGUUGUGUUGAACGUAAGUGUAACAGACACAUUGCUCGGGUAUUUUACCUCCUCGUGCGCCAUAUUUUACCCCCUUUUUUUUAUUGCCGCGCCUUCAACUGUUCUCACUUUUUUAGUGGACUGCUGGGACGGUCAAAAGAAGUCGUCGGGGGAGUUCAGCGAGAUUGUCAUCUACCACGGCUACACCAUGACCACAAAACUCAACCUUCGCGAUGUGCUGUUGACCAUCAAACACUACGCUUUUCAGACCUCCGAUUAUCCGGUGAUUUUGUCCAUCGAGGACAAUUGUUCGGUCCCGGCGCAAAGGCUUAUGGCCAAGGAAAUUUCGGUUGGUUGACUCUCAUUUUACGUACUCUCUCGCAAAACGUGUUGAAUAUCUCAGCUGCGGCCGCAAUAAAAAAGCUAAAAUUUACAGUGAUUGAUUCUCGGCACAUUUACAGUUCAUGAUUAAAAUUUCAAAAAAAUCGACUGGUCGAAUUUCCGUAAACUUAAUUUUGAAUUUUGCCGUCUAACACUUCAUUAAUUGUCUUUCAGGAAGUUCUCGGCGAUCUGCUGUUAACUCAGCCAGUUAGUAAAGACGAGACUCGACUUCCCUCGCCUUCUGCCCUGCGGCACAAGAUCAUAUUGAAGCACAAGAAGCUUCAACUCGAAGGUGACACCAUCACUUUGGCGCCCUCCUUGGAGGAGGACAUGGAAACGGACCUCCUCUCCAAGGAGUGCGUCAAACGCGGUGUGUUGUCGCUGUACGAUGAGAAUUCAAAGGCAUGGGAGAAGCAUGUGUUCGUCCUGUUCCCGGAUCGUCUUUGCUACGUGAUGGAGCCGUACGUGGAGGAGCAGCGCGCUGACUCGGAUAGUACGUCGCAGACGGGCGACGACGAAAGCAUGGGGGCCGAAAACACCCCCUCAGGGUUUGGUGUGCGGCCCGAAGAGAUGCAUGUGACGGAGGAGUGGUUUCACGGGAAGGUGGGCCGCGAUGAGGCCAAGGAACGCCUCCUCGAACACAAAGACCCCGCUGGCAAUGUGGUGUAUUUGGUGCGGGAGAGUGGGACCUUUAUCGGUGACUAUACGCUGUCGUUUAUUCAUGCCGGCAAAGUGCAUCAUUGUCGAAUCAAGACCAAGAUGGUGGAUGGCGAAAAGAAGUUCUUCUUUUUGGAGUCCAACAAGAAGGAUACCCUCUAUGAAUUGAUCAGUUAUUACACGAAACACACACUCGACACCCCGGCUUUCAGAUCGUAUUUGAGUAUUCCUUGCCCACAACCACAACCGCAUCUGAAUCAACCGUAAGUUUAGCAGCUUUUGAGAUAGAAAUAAGAUCAAAAAAAUUUCCUGGCAGAUUGAUAUAUCUCGACUGGACGUGGAAAGCGCGAACUAUAAUUUUCAGAUAUUGAUGUCUGGUCUAUAGUUCAUAUGUAUGUGUGCAAACUUUAAAGAAAAUCUGAGCGUCGCAGUUGGAGUACUUCCCUUGUUAACUCAACAACUUGUUGCUAUAUCUUACAAUGUCAAAAACUUAAAUUUUCUAUGGCCUUUUUGAAAUUUAGACCUAGCCUUACCUCAACAAUUUUUACUUAUAAUCAAUCCUACUUCAGCUGGUUCUCCCCAUCCGCCGACAAAAAGCGGGCCGAGGAGCUGCUGAACACGGUCCCCGAAGACGGCGCCUUCCUCAUUCGCUACAGUUCAACCGACCAAAACGUCUUCGUCCUCUCGCUCAAGGUGGACGGAGAAUUUUGGCAUUACCGACUGAAACGGGACGGUCGAAUUUUCGUCGUAAAUCAGACUGUUUUUGAGAACUUGAAUCAAGUUGUUGAUUAUUAUUCAACCCACGACUUUGUCCGAGGAAUAUGCUUGAAGUUCCCGGUGAACGAGCAAAAUGUUGGAGAGUAUAUCAGCGAGUUCCCGGCACAAGUUGGAUGCUAUAUGGAGCUGAAGGACUUGGAGCAAGAAGUGAGUGGGAAACCGAGAUUUUUUUGAAAUUUAGCGAUGUAAAAGUUGCUAAGAUUGUUGGGAAAUGGCUUUAAUAUAGUCUAAACUUGCUAAAUUCUGGAACAAAAAUGUCUUGAGACCAUUUACUUGCAUUUUGACAUUUCGUCGCAAUUUUUGACGAAAUGUCACAAAAGUUAUUGAUUUUUUGAAAAUGCACAAAAACCAAUUUUUCGCUGACAUUUGAGCUAGUCAAGUAAAAAAUACAAGAAAAUUAUUUUUGACACUUCGUCUUUAUUUUUGACGAAGUGUCAAAAAAUUAUUGACUUUUUGAAAAACGGUAUUUUUUGCAGAAAUUAGUUUUUAAAAGCAAAAAAUAGUUUCAAUCAACUUUUUAGACGUCAUCAAAAGGCUUUUUUCAAAGUAUAAAACACUAAAAAAUAAUAUCUUUAGAUCGAAGCCGUCGCGGUCAAAGAUUUCGAAGGCAUUGGCAGUGAUGAUCUCAGUUUCCAAGUGGGCAGUCGGUUGUCGAUUAUUCGCAAAGAGCCCGAUCUUUGGAAGGGUCGUUUGGACAAGAGGGUUGGCUGGUUUCCUCCGGAUUGUGUGAAAGAGCUGGAAGGGGAGUCGGCGGCGGAAAUGAGUUAUGUGACCAUUGUGUUGGCUGGAGCUGUUGUUGACAAGGUGAGUUGAGGCAUUUUUACAGAAUAUAUGCUAUAUUAAAUCUUGAUUGGGUUUUCUGUGAAGAUUCUUUAAUUUUUUGAGUUUUUGGGUCCCACCACGAAAAGCCUGAAAAUCAGGGGAAUGUCUCAAAAUUAUCUCGAACGCUUGGUAAUGUGUUUAAAUAGUUGUAGGAUGAAAAAAAUUAGCAUUUUUCUCCUAUGGUAUUUUAAAUUCUGUUUUUUCAAAAAAAAAAAUUCUUGGACGGUUCACAGAUCAUUUUUUAGCGAUUUCCCUAUGCUAAUUUUAGCGAUUUCCCUAUGCUAAUUUUUUGUUUGCAACCGGUUUGUAGAAGUCUAUCAAUGUUCUUGUGAUAUAAAAAUCCCGUUUUUCGAAUUUUUGGGUCCCACCACGAAGACCCUGAAUUUCAAGGAAAAGUCUGGAAAUUAGUAAAUACACUGCGGAAAUUACAUAAAAAUGGCAAAUUAGUUAAAAUGAAGGCUUUAAAAUCCCCAUCGUAUCUUAAAACCCGCUUUUCAGUCAUCAGAAAGCCGACCAUUCUCGUUCAAAGUCUCCCAGCCCACCUCCCAUUGGAAGACGAAAGAAGUUCUUGUUGCGGCCGACGAACGCGAAGAUAUGGAGGACUGGAUCAGCGCGAUAAAUUCGAUGACAAGAUCCGUGAACGAUAAAAUGAGUUUAAUCCGUUCGAAGGAGAAGCAAGUCCGGAUUGCCAGUGAAUUGUCUGCAUUGGUGGUGUAUUGCCAAGCGGUUCCGUUCAACCCCGACUUUACGCUGCAAGAUCCACGCUCCACCUUUUUCGAGAUGUGCUCGUUCAGUGAGAAUAAACACGAGAAGUUGCUGGAGAAGGGAUUGCCGUUGUUUAAUGCGCGACAGUUGUCGAGGGUUUAUCCGCAGGUGGGUUGGUCUUUUUGAUGAUUUUGGGUUUGAAAAUUGCAUCUUCGCUCGCAAAAAAUUGAUCAAAAAAAUUCCAUUUUACCACAAACUGAGUAGGUAAAAACCUUAAUCUGCUCAAAAAUUCACCUUGCCCAAAAUUCCCAUUUUGCCCAAAAAACUCCAUUUUGCCUAGAACCCAUUAACUAGAACCUUAAUUUGCUCAAAAAUUUACCUGGCUCAACUUUUCCAUCUUGCCCAAAGUGCCCAUUUUGCCCAAAAAGUCCCAUAAAAGAUGCUAAAAAUUUAUUAUCUAAUCUAAAAGCCUUAUUUUGCUCAAAAAAUUCUUGCCCAACAUUCCCAUCUUGCCCAAAAUGCCCGUUUUGCCCAUAAAAUCUCAUUUUACCAUAAAAACUCAAGACUUUAUCUCAUUCAAAAAAUCCAUCUUGCCCAGCAUUCCCAUCUUGCCCAAAAUGCCCGUUUUGCCCAAAAAAAUCCCAACUCACCCAAAAUCUUUCAGGCCUCUCGUCUCACCUCCACCAAUUUCAACCCCGUUCCAAUGUGGUCCUCCGGCUGUCAUAUGGUCGCAUUAAACUACCAGACCGGCGAUCGCGCGAUGAACAUGAACGAAGGCAAAUUCAUGGCGAAUGGCCGAUGUGGCUACGUCUUGAAGCCAUCGUAUCUUCAAGACGAAACCUUUCGUCCGGACCUUCGAAAUGACACCGAAAGAGAAGGAACGUAUCCGAUAACGCUGAAAUUGACGGUUAUUGCCGGAAGGCAUUUGAGUCGGAAAGAUUACAACAAGGGCAUUUGCUCACCGUUUGUUCACAUUGAAAUGAGUGGAUUGCCGACGGAUACGAGGACGGAUUGUACGAAUACGAUAAGUAAGUGGGGCACAUUUUAUACGAAAAAAUUUAUCUUGCUCAAAAAUUUUUAAGUAUUGCUUAACUGCCCAAAUAUCGCAGUACCGCCUAAUUUUUUUUGUCUUGCCCGGAAAAGAGCUAUUUGCCCAAAAAUUCCGCAGCUGUCCAAAAUUUCCAAGUUGCCAAAAAAGUCUCAUUUUGCUCAGUCAGCCCUAGUUUGCCUCAAAAACAUUAUUUUUUGGCCUGAAAUUCCCUGUCGACGCAGGAAUCCCAAUUUGCCCAAAUUGACCAAUUUGUCCACAAAAUCUCAUUUUGCCCAAGACACCAUAUUGUGCUUCAAAAACAUUAUUUUUCGACUUGAAAAAAAUCCCAAUUUGCCCAAAAUGACCAAUUUGCCCGAGACUCCAAUAUUUCACCAAAACAUCCAAAUUUCCCAGUAAAUUAUAUUUUUCCCUCAAAAACCCAUUUCUUUCAGCCUCCAACGGUCUGAAUCCCUUCUGGAACGAGACCUUUGAGUUCGACGUGUACCGCCCGGAACUGGCGCUGAUCCGAUUCCUCGUCGAAGACGGUGAUUUUGUCGGCCCAAAAACCGACCCUUUCAUUGGCCAAGCCGUCUUUCCCGUGGAUUGUUUGCGGCCGGGCUUUCGCUCGGUCCCAUUGUUGAACCAGUCCUCGGAGCCGUUGGAGAUCUCGUCCUUGUUGGUCUUCGUCCAAAUCCGACCGCUUUUCGGGACCGAAAAUGAUUGGAUCUCCCGGUCGGAAGUGCAUAAAUACCUGCAGCAGGGUCGGAGUACGGUCGAAGUGUUGCCGGAUGGAAGGAUGAGUAUUCCGAAGAAGAGCAGUUUGACUUCGAGUGAGUAAUUUGAAUUUUUGGCGAUUUUUGAAGAGAAUUUCACAAAAAAAUAAUUUUUAUAUUUUUUUCAGGCCUAACCUCCCAUUCAAGUGCUCCGACAGUAAAGCGAAAUAGUCACAGCUCCAAUGAAAAUGUAAAUGGCAGCUGUUCAACACUAACGUCCACCAAAUCCGCCGUCCCAAGGCUCUCGUUCGACGUCGGUUAUGGCGACUCGAUCAGCGUCACGACGCAGGACAGCGAUCGAGGGAACAGAGAGGGCACCGCGUCGCCGGCUGGCUCGCCGGUUUCACCGCGACUGGAGAGUUUGCGGUCGAUAAAUGGGGAGAGUCGGAGUAUCAGUAUGGAUUCGGAGGAGUGAGUCAUUUUUUAAAGUAUUUAUAAAAUAAAAUUUUUAGAAUUAAUUUUUUAGUAUUAUAUCAUAGUAAAAGAACGUCGUAGCUCUGUGAAAAACAUGGUAUCAGUUUGUCGGGAAAAUAAUGAUCACUCUGUCGCAUCGAAAAUCGCAUUGAGAAAAUGAAUUGUAAAAAUCGGAUUUCUUUUCACUUCAGCGACGCGAUCGGCGAUGCGACAUAGUGCCCAUUAUUUUCCCGACAGACUGGUACAUGUUUUUUCGACGGACUGCGGAUUUAUCUUUUUGCAUUUUUUUCGAACAGUGCGGGCUUUACGAACAUUAUGCACUGUGCAUGCGACAAACCGAAGUUGCUCCCGGUGCGACAUUCGAUUACACAGUGCAAAAUUUCAAAUUCACGGUGCAAAGUAUGAAUUUUUCAUGUGCUGGGGCGGCGACUCACCAGAUUUGCCAGCCUAGUUUUUUUGGUCGGCGGUCGAAAAAAAACUUUGCGAACGGACCAGCCUGUCGGAAAAAUAAUGAACAAAUUUCGCUUCGAUAAUCACGUCGCUGAAGUGAAAAGCAAUUUGAUUUUGCCGACACAAUUCAUUUUCUCUGCGGCGAUGCGAUUUUCGAUGCGACGGGAGGCUCAUUAUUUUCCCGACAAACUCAUUUUUUCAUAAAGUGCAUGGAAAUUUUAUCGCGAUAUAAGCAAUCUUCAACUUUGUCGUUGCCAUUUUGCUGAAAAUUUUUGGUUUUAUUUGUCUUUCUAAAAAUUUAUUGAUGAUUUUCAGAAACGGCCAGCCCUCCAAGAAGCCGGGAGCCCUCAAACGGCUCUUCCGCUUUGGCCGAUGA